AUGCGGCUGCCCAGGUGCGUUGCUGCAGCUCUGUCGCUGGCCGGGCUGGCCACGGCCGCCUUUCACCACGGCGCCAUGGACAUUGGCCCGGAAGACGCCGAUAUCGAGCGACUGAACAAGCGGGCCGAGGAAUUCAACGGCUGGGGCACCUUUGACCAGCUGAUUGACCACUCGGACCCCAGCCUCGGCACCUUCAAGCAGCGGUAUUGGUACGGUACCCAGUACUGGAAGGGACCUGGCUCGCCCGUCUACCUGAUCAACCCUGGCGAGCAGACGGCGGAGGGCUUCAACCGGACCUGGCUGACGGAUGCGCGACUCUCGGGCUUGCUCGCGCAGAGGACGGGUGGCGCCGUCGUAGUGGUGGAGCACCGCUACUGGGGCGAGUCGUUGCCGUACGCCAACCUUACCGUCGAGAACCUGCGCUAUCUCACGCUUGACAACUCGCUCAAGGACAUGACCUACUUCGCCAAGAACUUUGUGCCGCCUUUCGAUACCACUGGAGCCAGUUCGGCGACCCAGGCGCCCUGGAUCUUUAUGGGUGGCUCUUACUCUGGCGCUCUGGCCGGCUGGCUCGCGGCGCUUGAGCCUGGCACCUUCUGGGCCUACUACAGCUCCAGCGGUGUUGUCGAGGCCGUUGGCGACUUCUGGCAGUAUUGGGUGCCUGUGCAGGAGGCCACGCCGCGCAAUUGCAGCUCUGAUGUUCAGCAAGCCAUCAACUACGUGGAUCUGAUCUUGACAAUUGGCUCGCCCAAGCAAAAGCGGGAGCUUAAGAACAAGUUCAUGCUGGGCGACCUGACGGAUCAAGAUUUCGCUUCAGCGCUCGAGUGGGGACCUUGGGAAUGGCAGUCGACCCAGUUCUACUCAGAGAACCGUACGGGAUACUCACCGUACUACCGCUUCUGCGACUACAUCGAAGGGGUCUGGCCUAACUCUACCAAUGCGGUCCCGGGGGCCAAAGGCGUCGGGCUGACCAAAGCCCUCGAAAACUACGCCAAGUACGUGCGGGAACAAGUUGUUGCAGGCUUCUGUGAAGGGGCGGCCGACUACCCGGAAUGGAAGGGUCAGAACAACACGAACUGCUUCAAGAACCAGGACCCCAAUAACGUAGCCUACAAGGACCUGUCAUCAGGCAACUGGGUGAACCGCCAAUGGUGGUGGAUGCUCUGCAACGAGCCCUUCGAAUGGUGGCAGGAUGGCGCCCCCAUCACUCGACCGUCCAUCGCCUCGCGGCUGGUCGACCCGGAAUACUGGCGCAACCAGUGCCCCUUGCUGUUCCCCCGUGUCAACGGCAAAGCAAUGUACAGCCUCGCACAUGGUAAGCGUGCCCGCGACGUCAACAAGUGGACCGGCGGGUGGGACGUGACCAACACGACGCGGGCGAUGCACACCAACGGGGAGCGGGAUCCCUGGCGUGAUGCCACGCUCUCGUCCAUCUUUAGACCGGGUGGCCCCGUCAAGAGCACCGAGCAGCUGCCGGUGAGGCUGGUCAAGGGGGGCACGCAUUGCUCGGACCUGUACCAGCCGAACUGGCAGGUGAAUGAAGGGGUCAAGAAGCUGGUGGGGGAGGUGGCGGAUAAUAUGGAGAGGUGGGUUUCCGAGUUUUAUGAGGAGAAGGGGAAACAAAGGCCUUGA